AUGGCUGAUAAGGUUGAUGGGAAGCUGUGCGACUACGGUUCCUCCAUGGAUGAAUCAGAGGAUGAGGCUCGCAGGAUGUCAGAUGCCCAGGAAGCUACAUCAUCAGGCUCAUCGCCCGGCUCCAGUGGAGUUCGUAGUGACGGCAAAGCUUCUUCCCCAAAGAUGCUUUUUAACACUCCCCGACAGCAUUGCGACGACUCUUCAAAACGCUCAAAGCAUGGUCGGACUAGUCGACGCACUCGUCGGUCUCGUAGCCGUAGCCAUAGCCGUAGCCGUGACCGCAGUGGCAGAUCGCAUCGGAGACGGGAUCAUAGUCGUGAGCGCCGACGUGAUCGGGACAAUUGUUCGCAUCGUCGGCGCCGCAGUUACAGUCGCGAAGGUAUCCGUCGAAGGAGGCAGGGUAGAAGGCGCAGGUCUUCAUCUUCUUCUUCGUCGUCAGAUGUCAGGCGGUCUCGUCACUCACCCAGACACGGGAGGGAUCGAGAGACGGCUUUUUCCCGAAAAAUUAUUGGUUCACGAUCUGAGCUUGCAAAAGUUCAAGAAGCUGUUAGACCUGUUGAUCCCAUAGCAGCAAAGCUAGAAGCUGUGAACAAAGCGUCUGCAAUCAUGGCGUCCGCAGUGAAACCAACAAGCGUUUUCAGACUUCAUCCUACCUGCAUCGGCUUUACAGGUGAAAGUACGCCUCAGGAAGUUCUUGCACGCAUACAAGCGACGCAAAUGACACAAGUUCGCGCUAAGGCGGAGGCCGCGGCAGCUGCAGCAAAUUUACCAAGCUUUUAUAAUCCCAUGUCGGUGAAUGCCGCCAAGCUUGCUGAGCAGCAGCAGAAACGGAAACUCCUCUGGUCCAGGAAGUCCGAUCCGGUGGCUGAAGCAAAAGAGGAGGCUAAAUCGACAAUGUGGAAGAAGACCUCGAUGGUUGCGGGAAAAGGGGAUUCUGCCGCUGCCGCUAAAUUUCGCAAACUCAUGGGAAUUCACGAGGACAGCAGCAACAAUGCUGCGGGUGCACCCUCAGACGAGGCCUUGAAUCAAGCUCGAGAACAGGCAGAUCUUUUCCGAAAUCUGGAGCACGAGUUUGAGACGUCGCGAACCCUGACACACACACAGAGGGGUGUAGGCUUGGGAUAUUCCUCGGCAAUGACGGAUUAUAGAGCGUAUGCCGCCAUGAAACAGGCUGGUGGCAGCGCACAACAGGAGGGAAAGUGA